AUGAAAGAUAUAGUUAAAAGAUUAAUGACAGAGUUAGAAAAUGACUAUAAACAUGAUGAUUUAUUUUCAAAUAUAGAAAAAAAGAAAGUUCAUGAUGUAAAAGAAAAAAUAAUGAGUGCUUUGUUUGAGAGAAAUAGAAAUAAACAUGAACUGCUGAUGAGAAAUAGAGAAUUUCUACAAAAAGAGAAAGAAGCAUACUUUGGCAAACAACAUCCUUCUAGUGGUAGCGGAACGACAAGCGGUAAAAAAGUAGAUACUUUGUUGUCAGGUGUAACACAUUUCACUAUUGUACAUAUAACAACAAUUCCACCUCUCUACAAUGAACGGGAGCAAAAAGGUGGUUCAGGAUUCCCUGUAAAUCAUCUCACCAAAGAACAAAAAGAGCAAUUGGAAAAACUAAGACAAUCGCAACAGAAUUUUCAAAGACAAAUGCAAGAACAAUAUCACAAUUAUCCACAAAAUGAUAUAAGAAGAAAACCGUAA